AUGCCAGGAUCCGGAGGCAGAAAUCUGCCCCCCUUGGACACCGGGUCCAACAACGACUCAGUACCGGCAGCCAUCACAUCUGCUGCACCCGAGCGCUCUCUUUCUGAGCAGACCACUGGAGCCGGUUCGAAUGGACCUCCUGCUUCUGCCCCAGCAGUAACGACGAGCACGACGACCGGGUCCUCUUCGGCACUCCAGACCUCCGGUACCAAUCCAUCCGCUCAGGCAGGAAUUCAUCGCCUACGACUCGUCCCACACCUUGAGGCUACUCGCUCACUUCAUUUUGAGCCAAUCGAGAGGGACGUCCGAGAGAGUGCCACGCCUGUCAAGAUUGGGCGCUUCACCGACAGGGGCCCCGCUGCGACUACGGCUGCAGCUACUGAAGAGGCCACUACAAGUCGUAUCGAUUCUGCUCGGAUCGCAUUCAAAUCCAAGGUCGUCUCUAGAGGCCAUGCAGAGAUCUGGUGUGAGGCCGGCGGCAAGUUCUUCAUUCGAGAUACCAAGAGCUCUUCUGGUACCUUUUUGAACCACAUCCGACUGGCCGGCGCCAACAUUGAGUCGAAGCCUUUCCCGAUCAAGGAUGGAGAUAUUCUCCAACUCGGUGUCGACUAUCAGGGUGGAACGGAAGAGAUCUAUCGCUGCGUGAAGAUCAGGGUCGAGCUGAACCGCGGAUGGCAGCGCGAGGCCAACCAGUUCAAUGUCAAUGCCUUGCGACAACUGAGAGCUCUGCAAGGCAGCCCCAUCCAGACUGCUUCCUCAAAAGCCGCUGUCACAAGCCCGGGCGCUGGCGAGCUGCCUACCAACCGUCAGUCCAUGAACGUGACCGACUGCUGCAUCUGUCUCUUCUCGGUCACAGUCUGCCAGGCCCUCUUCAUUGCGCCAUGCUCACACGUAUUCCACUACAAGUGCAUCCGACCGCUCUUGAGCUCCCACUAUCCUGGCUUCUCUUGCCCCUUGUGCAGGACUUUUGCCGAUUUGGAAGCGGAUGUGGAA